UUAUGACUUGCAGAAAAGUAAUUGUAUUCGGCCUCCAAAUCCACACUAACAUUUCAAAGGGAGUCCUCACAAUUGCAAUGUCGUCCCAAGCUGUGCAAUUGCAUAUUCAGGAUCAUCAUGUUAUAAUGGAUAACGGCAUACUCCAAGUUACACUGUCAAAACCAGGUGGAAUUGUAACUGGAAUACAAUAUAAUGGCAUCAACAAUUUGCUUGAAGUUCAGAAUACAGAAACUAAUAGAGGGUAUUGGGACCUUGUUUGGAGUGAAGCAGGAAGUGUCGGAACAACCGGAACAUUUGAUGUAAUUAAAGGAACAAAGUUCACCGUCAUAGUGGAAAACGAGGAACAGGUAGAGAUAUCAUUCACAAGGAACUGGAACCAUAAGAACAAGCAUGUCCCGCUAAAUAUAGACAAAAGGUUUAUAAUGCUUCGUAAUUCGUCAGGCUUCUACUCGUAUGCCAUCUAUGAGCACUUGAAAGAAUGGCCUCCUUUUAACCUUCCGCAGACCAGGAUAACAUUCAAGCUCAGUCAAGAAAAGUUUCGGUACAUGGCCAUAGCGGAUAACAGGCAAAGAUACAUGCCGCUUCCGGAUGACCGAUUACCAGACAGAAGCAAAGUUUUAGAUUUUCCAGAGGCAGUUCUUCUUGUCCAUCCCAUAGAGCCAGAAUUUGAGGGAGAGGUCGAUGACAAAUAUCAAUACUCCUGCGAGAACCAGAAUCUGCAAGUGCAUGGUUGGAUAUGCAUGGAUCCACCCGUCGGGUUCUGGCAAAUAACACCCAGCAAUGAGUUCCGAUCUGGUGGACCUCUUAAACAGAACCUCACCUCCCAUGUUGGCCCAACUUGUCUUGCAAUGUUUCUCAGUGCUCACUAUUCAGGAGAGGACCUUGUGCUAAAGCUCAAACCAGAUGAGCCAUGGAAGAAGGUGUUUGGCCCUAUUUUUAUCUAUCUUAAUUCGGCGCCGGAUGCAAAAGACUCGUUGUCACUCUGGGAGGAUGCAAAGGCACAGAUGAUGACAGAAGUACAAAGUUGGCCGUACGAGUUUCCAGCAUCUCAUGACUUUCCACCAUCAGAUCAACGGGGUAAUCUUAGUGGCAGAAUACGCGUUCAAGAUAGGUACGUAAGCGAUACUUAUAUACUCGCCAACGGUGCUUACGUGGGCUUGGCACCUCCGGGAGACGCUGGAUCAUGGCAGAGAGAUUGCAAGGGCUACCAGUUCUGGACUAGGGCAGAUCAGAAUGGUUAUUACUCUAUAAAUGAUAUACGUGAGGGCAACUACGAUCUUUAUGCAUGGGUUCCUGGUUUUAUAGGAGAUUAUCGAUAUGAUGAAACCAUUAACGUAACCGCAGGUUGUGAUAUUGACAUUGGUGAUAUUGUAUAUGAACCACCAAGGAGUGGACCAACAUUGUGGGAAAUUGGCAUCCCUGAUCGUUCUGCUGCUGAAUUUUAUGUCCCAGAUCCUAAUCCAAAGUAUAUCAAUAAGCUAUAUGUCAACCAUCCUGACAGGUUUAGGCAGUAUGGUUUAUGGGAAAGAUAUGCAGACUUAUAUCCUGAGGAGGAUUUAGUGUUUACAGUUGGUGUUAGUGAUUAUACUAGAGACUGGUUCUUUGCUCACGUUACCAGGAAGAAGGAUGAUGGCAAGUAUCAAAGCACUACGUGGCAAAUAAAGUUUCGACUUGACAAUGUCAGUCAGACCAAAACAUACACACUUCGAAUUGCCCUUGCUACUGCAAACGUUGCAGAACUACAGAUUCGCGUAAAUGAUUCCAAGACAGAUUCACCUGUAUUUACGACCGGUGUGAUCGGACACGACAACACAAUUUGCAGACAUGGAAUUCAUGGUCUCUACCGGCUGUAUACAAUAGACGUACCCGGCACAUUGCUUGUGGAAGGAGACAACAUAGUGUUUCUAACCCAAGCAAUGAGCACCAGCCCUUUCCAGGGACUCAUGUAUGACUAUAUCCGUUUAGAAGGUCCAUCAACUUCUAUUUCUACCUGAGCUAUUUGUCCUCUAAGAAUGAUAAGAUAAAUUUUAAUAUUGUAACACCAUAAGCAGUUGGUUUAUGCAUUCUACCCGUGAAAAUUCACAUUGAAGUGUGUGAAUAUAGAUUAUUCU